UACGAACCUUGGAAGCAGCGUAAGCGUACGUUAAAUAUGAGCGUUCUAAAGUGAAUGUAACUUUCGAACCGUCUUUGUUUUUAACCUUUGUUGUUCUACGAUAUUGAAUAUUCUCGCAUAAAGGUGAGGUUUGGGUAGCGAUCUCAUCUCUCAUCUUGUUAAUCAGAAAGACCUAAACAGGUAGACAUGGGUGAGCCAGAAACGCAUAAGUUCGCGUCAAUACAAGAGGAACUGGUUUUCUGGAAGGAGCAGGCACAGAGUCAUCAUCAAAGGGCCGAGGAGGCUCAGGAGGAGCUGCAGGAGUUCCAGCAGAUGAGUAGGGACUAUGAGGCAGAGCUGGAGACAGAGCUGAAGCAGUGUGAGGCCCGGAACAAAGAGCUGCUCUCGGACAACAAUCGGCUCCGCAUGGAAUUGGAGAGCAUCAAGGAGAAGUUUGAAGCACAGCAUUCUGAAGCAUUCCGGCAACUCUCAAACCUAGAGGGAGAUCUGGCUGAGACCUCAGCAAUCAGAGACCAACUCCAGAAAUACAUCAGAGAGCUAGAGCAGUCCAAUGAUGAUCUGGAGAGGGCCAAGAGGGCUACCAUCAUGACUUUGGAGGACUUCGAACAGAGGAUGAACCAAGUCAUUGAGAGGAAUGCUUUCUUGGAGAGUGAGCUAGAUGAGAAAGAAAACCUACUUGAGUCUGUCCAGAGGCUCAAAGAUGAAGCCAGAGACCUUCGCCAGGAGCUGGCUGUGAGACAGAAGGAGCGGCGGCCCUCCAGCAGCCUCGGAAAAGAUCCAGAUAAAACGGAGUUUCCACGCUCCUCACCCGGCAAUCCCUCUGUCCCUGUCACGCCCUCCAAACCCAUCACCUCCUUUGCCACACCCCCUGCAUCCAGCAUCCGACGUGGUGAUGGCCUAACCGGGACUCCACUCACUACAUCAGCUAGAAUAUCUGCACUCAACAUUGUUGGAGAGUUAUUAAGAAAAGUUGGGAACCUGGAGUCAAAGUUAGCUUCGUGUCGAGACUUUGUGUAUGACACUUCCACUACUAGGCCGGCACUUCAAGGUGGUCCUGGAACUCCCUCUGGUAUAGAAGGAGGCCCUGAGCAUCAGGCCAGUAGUAUGAGCCCUCCUCCACAAUAUGACAGCCUAGUGAAGCGGUUAGAGUUUGGGCCAGCAUCUCUUAGGGGCAUCACCCAGGGUUCCCAGUCUCCACAGGGCGGGGUCAAGAUCCUUCUAUGAAGCACAUCUUACUGAGCCACCCCACUCCCAACAACAUGAACUAUGUGAACCAGAAAGCCACCUCCCUUGCUCCUUACUCAUCAGCUCCUGUUUUUUUCUUUUUUUGCAUUUUAUUAGACAGCAAUAGUGAAGAGGCAGAUGGGAAAUGGGAGAGAGAGGUAUGACAUGCAACAAAGGUCAGCGGCUGGAAUCAAAUCGUUUGACGGUUGCAGCUGUGUGCUGUAACCAUUGAGCUAUGGAGGUGCCUGUGUAAUUGUAGCAAUAGUAGAUCUUCAGAUUUUACAGAUACUAGACACAGUUCAUAGUGUUAUUUCUGUAGUUACUUCAGGGUCUGUAUUAUAGCUGUCUUGCCUGAAAAACACUGCACCGUAAACUGGGACUAGGCUCACCCACGGUGCACUUAUACUUACCUGCAAGCUCUCACCAUUGUGGGCGCCCCCCCCCCCCGUUCAGGGAUGGUUGUUCCCUCUUCACAGAGCUGGCCUCUGACUCCCCGU